AUCAUCAAGUCAUCCUUCAGAUUCCACCUCCGUUAAAGUUGCUGCUGACAUCCUAUGCACGAUGGACUCUGCUGCUUCUAGUUCACAAAUAGCACCCUCACUUAACCAAAUGGCUAGUUCACUGCUUGAUUUACUUGAGAAACUCCAAGAGCUUGCCAAAGUGCGAGAAACGCAAGAAAUCGAGGACGUGGAGCGGCUUCCAGAGGUAGAGUGCCCGGAAUCACUGUUUCGUGACCUCGUCCAUCAGCUAUGUCAAGAAGCCCCGGCAGUUGCUCAAGCCAUUGCGGUAGCAAUCCAAGAAAACAUCCCAACUUAUGAAUCGCCAACUCCACGGUCUAACUCAAACUCGUCUCGCCGCUUAUCCUCGAAACGCAAACAGAAACCAGAUCAGGCUUAUCAGCCGAGUCAUCCGAUCCAGCCCGCUUCAAAGAAGCGUCGCAUAACGCAGGAGUCCCAGAUUCUCGAAAAGAAAACCGAGGAUCCCAUUGGAUCCAUGGCCUGUAUUGACACGGAUGGGGUCCAAUUAACAUCGAGACGAAUGAGCAAGCCAGAUGUCUUUCCUUGUGUUUCGACCUCCGGGGCGCUCAUCACAGAUAUGGAGAUCGCUCCUGAAACCGAGGACAGCCAUCCAGAGACGACGCCGAUAUCUCCCGAUGGCGUCAAGGAAGUAUCACCGUAUAUGCCUGACACGGAUUUGACAAAGGGCGCGUCUUUCCUUGAGACGGUUUACCACGUCGUCAACGUCGUCAACCAGCUGAAAAACUAUCCGAGCGGUCUGCCACGUACGGUCCACAUUCAGAUCCUUCAAACCCUUCAGACUUACCAGGAGACAACCAUGGAGUCGAACAAUGACCAGUGGUCAGACGGAAGUAUAUGGAAGCAGGUGCUGGAAGGAGGAUCAGCCGCAAACCGUCGGUAUACCAUCCUCAACAUGCUCGAAUAUAUGGGAGCCUCGAAAUGGUACGACAGCCAGAUUGACCUGGCACAGCGUACAGGUUUAGGUCACAAGGGAGCCGCAACUCAGGUGCUAGAUCGCAUCACCCGUCAUAAGGACUUGCUCAACAGAAAGCUGAUCACCAAUCAACUCUCUAGAGGAAAGAAAUUGCGUACGAAGCUGGUCAAAAAUCUUGGACUGGGGAUCCUGUUCAGUCCAGAUAUAUGGGAUUAUACCAAAAGAAGUAUAGGUCAAAUCGACCUGCUGGUCAAAAAGUUUCAGGUGGAUGCACAACGGAUGACCCUACUUCGAAUUCUUGGUGCGCAGGUGCAACAACUGGUCAGACAUGGCUCCACUGACCCGGAAGCCUUGUACAACUCGCUGAAAGAACAUGAUCUGGUCUCUGAACCAGAAAUUCAGAAGAUCAGAGAGAGCCAAGAGUCAGAGCAUAAUGCGCUACCAGAAGGGGCAUUGGAUACAGCAGUUGACAAUCUGAUCAAUCGGGUUGCCAAUCAAAUUUUCACUAAGCAGAGUCUGGAGGAUGUUGACACGUUCUCAAUUCCUGGAAAUGUAAAAUUACCGGGCGACUUGUUUUUACGGUUCCGCCCUGGGGAAUGGCUCAAUUCUUGGGCUAUCAUGGCAGCGAUGCAGGUAGCAGACCGGCCACCUUUCGUCAAGUUUAGCGAAUGCAUCCCGGUGAACGACAUUGGAAGGCAUGGUCGAAUGCGAUCAAUCAAGAAGCCCUUCCAGAUCUGGGCGAAGAAGAUCGCCGAGCUCCGCAGAGAAGCAGAACAUGGACUGGAAGACUGUCGACCCCUAACAUUCUUCUCUCCUAUCUGUAAAGAGAAUUCACAUUUCACGCUACUCGAAAUCAAUGAUGGCGAGAAAGUAAUCCGACAUUAUGACUCCCUGGCAGCGCCUACUACUAUCAAUGGCACAAAGAAGACGAGCAUUGCCGCUCUAGUUGAGGAUGAGUUUGGUGAUUUAGAGUACCAAUAUAUUGAAGCACCUACACCGCAGCAGAGUGACGAUUGGAGUUGUGGGACUCGAGUGAUCUGGAAUUUCAAGCAGCGAUGUAAUGGGUUUGAUAUCGGAUCGUGGGAUACUGUGCUGGACUCGGAACGCAUGCAGUUGGAUAUUGUAAACGGUCUUAUGGCGUGUAUUGACUCGCACGCUAUACGCAAAUAUAGCCGAAACAGCAAACGUGGGGUCACUAAUGAAUUGCCAAGAUGCAGUGGUGUGGAGGAAUCGUCUCGUGUUCAGAUAUGCUCAGCGAGUGAGGCUUAG